CCCAAGCCUCCUUCUACCGUCUUGCAAGAGGGAGAGCUUUUCCUUUCUCUCCCCCACUACUCCACCACUCUCCACUCCAGAUCGAUCUCCCCCGCGCGAAUUCUCCAGUUCGAUCUCCGCAAAUCCUUCUCCUGAUCCCUCCCAGCAUACUUUUAGGUCUCAUUUGGAAGAAGAAUUAGGCAAGAGUUCUUUAUAAAAUCGAGGAUGUCCGUUUCUAAUAAGGACCUGGACCCAGCUUUCCGUGGCUCUGGGCAAAAGGAUGGCUUGGAAAUAUGGCGCAUUGAGAAUUUCAAACCGGUUCCUAUCCCUGCAUCUUCAUAUGGGAAGUUUUUCAUGGGUGAUUCUUACAUCGUCUUGAAGACAACAGCCUUGAAAAAUGGUUCUCAUCGCCAUGAUAUCCAUUACUGGAUUGGUAAAGAUACUAGUCAGGACGAAGCUGGAACUGCAGCAAUUUUAACAGUAGAGCUUGAUGCUGCCCUUGGUGGACGUGCUGUCCAAUACCGAGAUGUACAAGGCAAUGAAACAGAGAAGUUCCUUUCCUAUUUUAGACCAUGCAUCAUGCCACAACCAGGAGGAGUGGCAUCUGGAUUCAAGCAUGUUGAGAUCAACGAGCAGGACCAUGUCACCCGUUUAUAUGUAUGCCAAGGGAAGCAUGUCGUUCAUGUUAAAGAGGUUCCUUUUGCUCGAUCGUCCCUUAAUCAUGAUGACAUAUUUAUUAUGGAUACGAAGUCCAAAAUUUUCCAGUUCAAUGGCUCCAACUCAUCCAUUCAAGAGCGAGCAAAAGCUCUUGAAGUUGUGCAGUACAUCAAAGAUACAUUUCAUGAGGGAAAGUGUGAAAUUGCAUCUGUUGAGGAUGGUAGGUUGAUGGCUGAUGCCGAAGCUGGUGAAUUUUGGGGUUUUUUUGGUGGCUUUGCCCCUCUUCCAAGGAGGGCACCCACGGAAGACAAUGAGAAACAUGAGGAAACUGCUUUCAAAUUGCUAUGUUUUAACCAAGGAAAGCUGGAGCCUAUUAACUACGAAUCCUUAGCACAUGAAUUACUUGAGACAAGCAAGUGUUACUUCUUAGACUGUGGCUCCGAAUUGUAUGUUUGGAUGGGCAGAACUACAACCUUGCAGGAGAGGAAGGGUGCUAGUGAAGCUGCUGAGAAAUUGCUCUCUGAUGCUAACCGAGCAAAAACACAUAUAAUCAAAGUGAUUGAAGGAUUUGAGACUGUUAUGUUCAAGUCAAAAUUUAUAGAGUGGCCGCAGACACCUGACUUGAAAUUGUCAUCUGAGGAUGGAAGAGGCAAAGUUGCAGCUCUUCUUAAACGCCAGGGCUUAAAUGUUAAGGGUUUGAUGAAAGCUGCUCCUGCUAAAGAAGAACCUCAACCCUAUAUUGAUUGCACUGGCAACUUGCAGGUCUGGCGUGUAAAUGACAAGGACAAGACUCUUCUAUCAUCCUCUGACCAAUCAAAAUUUUACACCGGUGAUUGCUACAUAUUUCAGUAUAUGUAUCCUGGAGAUGACAAGGAGGAAUGUCUUGUUGGAACUUGGUUUGGGAAAAAGAGUAUUGAGGAGGAUAGGGUAACAGCAAUUGCACUUGCAAGCAAAAUGGUUGAGUCUGCAAAGUUUCAGGCUGUCCAGGCACGCCUGUAUGAGGGGAAAGAACCGAUUCAGUUCUUUGUCAUAUUUCAAAGUUUGCAAGUGUUUAAGGGUGGUCUUAGCUCUGGAUACAAGAAGUUUAUUGCUGAAAAUGGUAUUGAUGAUGACAGUUAUUCUGAAGAUGGAUUUGCACUUUUCCGAAUUCAAGGUUCAGGACCAGAAAACAUGCAAGCAAUUCAAGUUGAACCUGUGGCCUCGUCAUUGAAUUCAUCCUAUUCUUACAUUCUACACGAUGGAAACACUGUGUUCACUUGGGCUGGAAAUCUGACCACUGCAUUGGAUCAAGAGUUAAUGGAGAGGCAGCUUGAUGUAAUUAAGCCUAAUAUGCAGUCGAGGUCACAAAAGGAAGGGUCAGAAACAGACCAGUUUUGGAGCUUACUGGGAGGCAAAUCCGAGUACUCGAGCCAGAAAAUAGUGCGAGAACUUGAAAGUGAUCCCCAUCUUUUCUCAUGCAUCUUGUCUAAAGGCAAUUUGAAGGUCAAAGAAAUACACCACUUCACUCAAGAUGAUCUAAUGACAGAAGAUGUUUUCAUCCUGGACUGUCACUCGAGCAUAUUUGUUUGGGUUGGCCAGCAGGUGGAUGUUAAAGUGAGAUUACAAGCUCUGGAUAUUGGGGAGAAAUUUAUUGUGCUUAAUUUCCUUAUGGAAAAUCUUUCCCGUGAAACACCGAUUUUCACUGUUACGGAAGGAAGUGAGCCUCCCUUUUUCACUAGGUUCUUCACCUGGGACUCAGCGAAAUCACUGAUGCAUGGCAAUUCAUACCAGAGGAAGCUCUCCAUUGUAAAGGGUGGAGGUACUCCAACAUUGGAUAAACCAAAACGACGAACACCAGUGUAUUCAGGAAGGAGUACUACACAAGAUAAAUCUCAGCGCUCCAGAAGCAUGUCCUUUAGCCCUGAGCGUGUUCGGGUUAGGGGAAAAUCUCCAGCAUUCACUGCAUUGGCUGCUAACUUUGAAAGUUCAAGCAACAGAAAUCUUUCAACUCCUCCACCAGUAGUUAAAAAACUUUACCCGAAGUCUGUUACACCUGAUUUGUCAAAUACAUCUUCUAAGUCAUCCGCAAUUGCGGCUCUGGCUGGUUCUUUGGAUCGCCCUACUCAAACUCCCACAACAUCAAUGAAAGAUGGCUCUGAGUCAGAGAAGCCAAAGCAAGAGGAAGAUACCAUGACCAGUAGAGUUGAAUCCCUCACUAUAAAUGAAGAUAUAAAAGAAAACGAGCCAGAAGAUGACGAGGGCCUUCCAGUUUACCCAUAUGAACGUCUAAAGACCACAGCUGCUGAUCCUAUUACUGAAAUUGAUGUUACCAGGCGAGAGACCUACUUAUCGUCGGCUGAAUUCAAAGAGAAGUUUGGAAUGGCAAAGGAAGCAUUUAGCAAGCUUCCAAGGUGGAAGAAGAAUAGGCUAAAGAUCGCACUUCAACUUUUUUAGCUUGAUCAAGAGCCCUUCAAAUUCCUCACUAAAUCCUCGAGUCAAAUGGCUCUUAGCCGAAAAAAGUUAUGUUUCAUGCCUGAACAGCUCUUGGCAACUGUUGUCAUUUUGCAGAAUGCAACCACCAUCCUUGUAGGCACAUCAAUUUUCACAUUGUCUAGGGUGGGUCCCCGUUUUUUCUAGUUUGAGUUUGUUACUUUAUUUUGCUAGGUUCCUCUUAUUCUUUCAAUUCAUAGGUGUGCUUUUACUCCUUUUUAUCAAAUGCCCUUUGUUGAUUCCAGGGUCAUACAACUUUGAUUCCGAGGCUUGCAUUUUUGUAUCAAUUUGCCUGUGUUCUUUUUCGGUUUUGAGGUGAGUUGCAGUUUGAGGGAACAAAGACGUAUGUACAGCAGAGUGCCGGCACUGUAAAAUCACAAUACCAUUAUUUUUUGUCAAUAGAAUUGAUUUUUGUGUGUAACUUAUAUUAUUUUCGAGAGAAUUUGUUGAAUUCAGAUAUGUACUUAAUGAAAGUUCCUUAUAUUA